GCUUGCAAUAAGCUGUCGACUCUGCCAAGUAAUUGGCGGCGACUGCGUGUCGGCGUCACACCACUGUCUGCGCAGCACUCUCGUCUGUCCCCACAGAACGCGCCUUGCAGUUCGCGAAGACAUCCGACAACGCGGCACUGCAAGAGACGGCCAAAAAUGAAGUCUGUAGCGUUGGCGCUGGUGCUGCCGCUCUUCAGUCUCGUCGCUGGUAGCUUUGACCUGCCAGAUCUCUGCAAGUCACCGGGCCUCGAGAGCAAGUUCAGUUUCUCGCUCAGGAGCGAGCGCAACGACACCGGGCCAUGGAUCUCCACGGUGAGUGGGGAGCGGUCUACGCCGGGCGGCGUGGCCGGCAGCGACUCCUGUCCCUGGGAAGUGCGCGUCGGCCACGAGGUCACCACCUGCCCGCUGCGGAGCCGCGGCGUGCGCCUCGCUGCCACCAUCGAGAUGCAGUCGAACCUGACGGACGCCGACGUAGCAGCGCUCGUGAAGAAAAGGGGUGAAGUUCCGCCGCCUACGACGGAGUACAAGACGAAGCUGGGGCACAGCGAGUACAAGCUGGACCUGCGGCUGGUCAAGUGGGAGCUGGCGCGCCAGUACUGCCAAGAGGAGGGCGCCGACCUCGUCGUCAUCAACUCCAAGCAGGAGGCCGACGUGCUGCGCAAGAUCCUCGCCGACCACGGCGUCAUCUCGGAGGACCCCUACGAGAACAAGCAGGUCUGGGUCGGCAUUCACGACCGUCACGCCGAGGGCAACUUCGUUACCGUCUUUGGCGAGCCGCUGUCGGAGACGGGCUACGUGUCGUGGUCGCUGGGCGAGCCCAACAACCUGAGCGGCAGCAGCGAGGGCGAGGACUGCGUGUCGAUGCUGCGCUCCGGCGACUACAACGACGAGAUCUGCAACAAGAAGCUCGCCUUCAUCUGUGAGCGGCCCUACUUCACCGAAAUCUACAGUUGACGACCGCCUGACGGAGUUUCGUGGCCGCCUCGUCAGUCGAAAUACCGGGGCAUUGGCAGAUUCCUUCUUCUUGUUUCCCAGCUGUAUGACUCCUCGAUAACAGCUCUUGUUUAUAGGCUCCUACUUUUAUACCUGCUGUACAUCAGAUCUUGCAUAUGCA